GCGUCAGCGCGCCCGGAAGCGGCCGGGCGGCGAACAUGGCGGCGUCCGCGGGCGGCCUGGGCGGCGGCGGCGCGGGCCCGGGGCCCGAGGCCGGGGACUUCCUGGCGCGCUACCGCCAGGUGUGCCACAAGCUGAAGAGGCGGUUCCUGCGGAAGCCGAACGUGGCGGAGGCGGGCGAGCAGUUCGGCCAGCUGGGCCGCGAGCUGCGCGCCCAGGAGUGCCUGCCGUACGCGGCCUGGUGCCAGCUGGCCGUGGCCCGCUGCCAGCAGGCGCUCUUCCACGGGCCCGGGGAGGCGCUGGCGCUGACCGAGGCCGCGCGCCUCUUCCUGCGGCAGGAGCGCGACGCGCGCCAGCGCCUGGCCUGCCCCGCCGCCUACGGGGAGCCGCUGCAGGCCGCCGCCGCCGCCCUGGGCGCCGCCGUGCGCCUGCACCUGGAGCUGGGCCAGCCGGCCGCCGCCGCCGCGCUGUGCCUCGAGCUGGCGGCCGCGCUGCGCGACCUGGGCCAGCCGGCCGCCGCCGCCGGCCACUUCCAGCGCGCCGCGCAGCUGCAGCUGCCGCAGCUGCCCCUGGCCGCCCUGCAGGCGCUGGGCGACGCCGCGUCCUGCCAGCUGCUGGCGCGCGACUACAGCGGCGCCCUGGCGCUCUUCACGCGCAUGCAGCGCCUGGCGCGGGAGCACGGCAGCCACCCGGCGCCGCCGCCGCCGCCGGGGCCGCCGCCGCCGCCGCAGCCCGGGGCCGGCGCGGCCCCCGCCCCGCCGCUCGCGCUGCUCCCGCCCGGCGCUGGGCCGGCGGCCGCGGCCCCCGCCGCCACGCUGGGCGCCUUCGCGGACGUGCUGGUCCGCUGCGAGGUGUCCCGCGUGCUGCUGCUGCUGCUGCUGCAGCCGCCGCCCGCCAAGCUGCUGCCGGAGCACGCGCACACCCUGGAGAGGUACUCCUGGGAGGCCUUCGACGGCCCCGGGCAGGACGCCAGCGGCCCGCUGCCCGAGGAGCUCUUCCUGCUGCUGCAGUCGCUGGUCAUGGCCACGCACGAGAAGGACACGGAGGCCGUCAAGGCGCUGCAGGUGGAGAUGUGGCCCCUGUUGAGCGCCGAGCAGAACCACCUCCUGCACCUCGUCCUGCAGGAGGCCGUCGCCCCGUCGGGCCAGGGCAUCUGAUGCAGCACCGACGUGCACCCAGCGCCUUGCCGCCUGUCCCCGACCUCCCGCACGCGCCUGCGCCCCUCCGGGGACGGAGGCAGACGGUGAUGCCGGCGCCUCGGCCUGCGCACUUUGUCUUCCGCCUCUUGCCACGCGAGGAAUGUAGCUGCCUAAAAGUUACCUUCUUUCCAUGAUAGCGGCAGAGAGAACGACCACCCCAGAUGCUAGAGGAGAGGACGCGGCUCUCUUCCCCGGACACUGCGACGUAGACAUGAGAUCCCUUCCGUCCUUUUCCUCUUCUCUUUUCACCCAACAGCCCCCACCUACCCCUUCCCCCGCCCGCGGCGCAAGGCUCCCCCCCCCCCCCCCCGCAUCCUUGUUUCAGACUGAGGGUGACUUCGCACAGCUCUGGCUCGCUAAUCAAGCUGCAGGAUGUCUUCGUGGUGACUGAUUCCUUGGUGAAUUUCGAGGUCUGCCUGAGUGAUGGCCCAGUUCCUGCUCUGUCUCAUGUGCCCCUGGCGUAUUCGUGGGCACUCCGCUGUUGUCGCCAUGGCCCUCAAGCCAUGGGAAAAUCGUUUUGACGCUGCUAACUGGUGGUGGGGGCUCGGGUUUCCCUCGUCUAGAAAAGGGGAAUCACUUAUCUACCUGUCAGGAGGCAGGAAGCAAAAGCGGAUAGUCCCCUUUUAGCUCCAAGACGGAUUCAUUCGCUUGAAAUGGACAGUGUGCCUGUGAAUCUACAGAGAUCAUUUGCGAUGUGGUCCUUACUUCGCUGCAGUGUCCAUGUGUUCGGUGCAAAGCGGGGUGGGGGGGGGGCGGCGAAGGGGAAGGGAGGAUGAGGGCGGGGUGCGCUCCCGCGCAAAGGUGUCAAGAUGUGCAUUGGCGUUUUCCGUAAAGGUGUCAAGCUGUGCGCUGGAGUUUUCGGUUCCGGUUCUGUUGAGAGGAGCGGGUAAUCCACAUGGCAGCCUUUAUUUGCGGUACGGAUCCUUCCACACGUUUUAAAAUUGAGCUCAGAUGUGUAAGAUCGGCAUGCUUCUUUGGUGUUGUGUGAUGGCGUCCAUGCCAGGCUCUGCGCUUGUUUCCCAAAAGCAGGAUGGCAUCCCAUUUUUAAACGCGAAAUUUCCAAGGCUUUUUGGACCACAUGUUACAUGCAGACCGACUUCGCUGCUUUCUCAAAUUCAGCUUUAUUUUCUUGAGUUUUGAGUGUGAUGACGAGAGCUCUUCAGAAUAUAAUCUCAUUCUCAGUCACUCAGCUCGGGAAAAUGCAUCCUUUAGGCUGAAGUUGUAGAUGGCACUGAUCUUUUGAGGUGAGAUUUAAGGACACGCUUUGGGAACAGAUCUUGGUUUUGCAUCUUUGGUGGAGGGAGGGGGAAUAUGUGGCGUGUUGUCCCUCUGAGUUAAGUGCCCCCAAAUGGGUGGGACUUUAGGGUAUUCUUUUCUACCUCUGUUUCAGCAGUGUGGAAGCAGAGGCUAAGGAGAUGUAGGGGAGGCCCAUCUGAGACAGAUUCAGCCACGCUUCCUAUCUUCCCACUUGGCUGCCAGGAAGGGUCCUUCCGAGCCCUAACAGCCUAGUGCGGCUUACUGCCAGCGUGCUAAGGGUGCAUGCCCCCUUGGCUUUUGCUGUUUCUGGUACCCUCUUGUCAACCUGGGCUGCAGCCUUGGCCGCCUUCCUUACUCUCCUUAUGACGAGACUUCUUAGGAAGUGUGGAAUAUGACCGGUGGUAGCAUUUGGGUUUGGGCACAAGGAAAGGCCUCCUUAGACCUCUGAUCUAAAUUCCUUGCUUUGAGGAGGUGGGGGGAGGGAUUACCAGAGAGCCUGGUAUUGUGUAUACAAGCACAACUAUAGAAAACACUAAAGAUUGUUUUCCAUUUGCCAUUGGCUCAUUUAUGUGUCUCCCUCAGAAACUUCAUAGCAUGGAGAGCUGGGCCAAGGCCAGAUUUCCGUGAUUUUGACAGAAUUCUCUUGCUGUGUAUCAACUUAUUUCAGAAUUAACAUUGAUUUCUAACAUGACCAAAGAUAAAUACUUUGAAAGGACAUGAUUAGUGUUCUUUUUAACUUGAAAACCAGAGGGAAAGAUCUGCAUCACUGAAAUUGUUCACUGACAAUUCAAAAUUAUUCAAAAUAUGAAAUAUUGAAAACAGUGGCAGUGAAGCAAUGACCCUUAAAGGGUGUUUGGGUUCCCCUUUUAUAAGGGGCUUCUGUGAUGAGAAAUGUUGGUUAUGAAAAAAUAUUUUGUAUGUCAAUGGUACAAAAAUCUGAAAACAUUUGAGAACCACUCUACUGGAGGAAGAUGACUAAGACUGAAAUUUGUAAAUUGGGCAAGCCCUGGGAUGGAGGGCUUCUGGUUAAUGUGAGCUGUCUAGGCAUCUCUGCUGCUAUUAGGCUAGACCACCAGUCCACAAACUUUUUCUGUAAAGGAGGAGAGGGAAAUAUUUCAGUCUUUUCAUGCCACAUAUUCUUCCUUGCUUGUUUGUUUUUGAAACUUUAAACGUGUAAAAACCAUUCUUAACUCACAGUCCAUACACAAGCAGGUUGUAGUCCAAAUCUAUGGGCUCUAGCUUAUGCAGCCCUUCACUAGAACCUAGAACUUAGUAGUUACUCAAUAACUGUUAAAGGAAUGACUCUCAUGAGGGUAGUUAAUAACUAUUUUACCUUUGUCAUUGAAUAAGAAAGAUGAAAAAUAAAGGGACUAGUCACUUAACUCCAGAUUCUAAGAAACAAAAAAGAAAAUAAAUGAAAAGAAAGUGAAUUUUAAAUUUUUUCAACAGAAAUUAAUGAAUUACAGAACAACAACUUCAAAUCUAUGUUUGAUUUUAACAGCAAGAGUUGAUUCUCUGAAAAUCCAAUAGAGUAGAUAAACACUCACCAAUUCUGAUAAAGGGGGAAAAAGAGACAUACGUGUGUGUAUAUAGGUAAAGAUAUAUGGCAUGGGAAUGGAGAUAGAAUUUUAAUGUACACAUUUACAGCAAUUAACUACAGUAACAGAAAAUGAGAAUGCCAGUUAUCAGAUAAGUAACGGAAAAGAUAGUUCAAGUAUCUACCAGUAAACGAGGCACAGUGGCUUUUCCAUCCAAUGUUCAUGAAACAGAUGAUUACUACAUUAAUUAAACUAUUCUAGAGCAGUAGUUUAAUGGAAAAAGAUGGGAGCGUUUACACUUUAUUUGCAAGUCUAAUAUAACUGUAAUGCCAAAGCCUGAUAAAUACAGCCCCCCAAAGAGGUAAACCAACUUUAUUGAUUGGUACAGAUAGAAAAAUUCUAAAUAAAAUGUUAGCAGAUUGUAUGUAGCUAAACUAAAUGACUACUACACUGUGACUAAGGGUGGUUUUCCUGGGAGCGCAGCACCGCGCUGUGCUGGAGCCAGCUGUGAGUGGCUUGUGAGAGCCAGUUGUGGGUGUCUGCUGCCAGCUCUGCAUUCAGUGACAUUGUAUCAGCAGCUUGAAAUCAGGUGUGAUGGGAAUAUUUACAUCAUGGAAAUCAGCAAACACUACAAAUAAAGGCGUUUCCGCUGACUGCCCCCCACUUUGCCCCAGAGCCGGCUGUUAAACAUUUGCCACCCCACCAUUGAAUGUGAGUAUAAUUUGACAAUAGCAAAGAGAAGAAAUGUGAUGAUAUUCAACAUGCUGAAAAAGCAUUUGAUGAAAUUCUGCAGCCAUUCCAAAUAAAGUAGGAGUAGCAAGAAACCUUUUAAAUAUGAUAAAAAUAUUUGAAACUAACAGUAUCAUAUUAAACAGUGAAUUGUGGGGUCCAUUCCCUUUAAAGUCAGAAGCAAGACAUGCUAAUACACAAUAAAGAUAUGCUAAUGUAUUUAUAUCUAUACAUACAUCUCACUGCAGGCAGAAGAGCAAAGCGUUUUGCUCACCAUCCAAGUCUACGAGGACUAAUCUGCUGCAGCCACUGCUGACAGUGUGCUUGGUGUUCGGAGGAAGAGAUUAAUGGGAUAAGGCACUCUGUGCUUCAGACAGGAAAGUAAAGAUGAUAACAGGAUGCUCUGUGCUUUAGACAAACAGGCCCUUAGGUAGUUAAUACGCAUUUUAGUAAGAAUUUUAAUGAACCCUGCUUCUUGCAUCUUCCCAUACAUAGAAAAACACUAUAAUCGUGAACUUGAGAUAUCUGUUCUUUGUGACUAGUAGUAAUAUUUUACCAGGAUUUAUGCUGACUGCAUGUAUUCCUUAACAACAACAGCAACAAAAAAUCAUAUGAAAACUAGCCUCCCCCCUACUCCUUUGGAACAGUUCCUUAGAGCUAUCUGAGAGGCUGUCUCCCAGGCUAUAGUCCUCAGUAAGACCCUAAAUAAAACUUGAUUCACAACUC